GUAUUGUAAUGUAUACAUUGUAAUAAUAUUGUUCCUUAGAAUGACACUGAAAUGCAACAUUUGUUAUCAUUAGAAAAUUUAGUAGAAUUAACAUUUGAAGGAAAUCGUUUAUAUACCGAAGAGAACAAAAAUAAAAUGAUGGCUCAAUACUUUGAAUUAACGAAUCUUGAAACUGCAGAAAUUUAAGUAAAACUAAUUUUUAAUUAAUUUAUUUUAUAUUGAUACCUUUUAUGAUAUUGUAACCUUCAAGAAGUUAUUUUGAUAAUUAAUUUCCAUGCAUAUGCAUGAUUGAACAUAUCAAUUUUUUACGAAGUUUUGCGAAUGAACGGAUCUUAUAUGCAUUCGCUUUAUAUGUACGUAUUAUAUGUAUACUAUACAUAUUACAGUAUAGCAUGUCCAGUAGUAGAAAUCAGCUGGAACUUGAUAAGAAAUAAGUACAUAUUUAAGUACAUAGUAACAUAUAAGUAUAUCUAACCUUAGUUAAGAAUCACUCAAAACAAAAACAAAUGGAGUUAGAAACAAUACUUCGGAAAUGUAUUGUAGAUAAAUCAGUAGAAAAAUUGACAGAAAAUGAGCAAGAAGAAGAUAAGUAUUUUCAAAAAAUAUAUGAACAGUGGAAAGGCGCCAAAGCUAAAGAUAAAGAAUUGACUUACAAAGUGAUUCCCAAAUUUUAUUUUAAGUUACCAAAGGAAGAUGAAAUUUUACCUCAAAAAUUACGAGAAGAAACAAGAGCACUAUUUUUGCAAAGACGUUCCCGCCAAUUAUUAGAUAAUAAUGAAUUGAAGGCAUUAUGGGUAUUAUUAGAUAAACAUCAUAGUCCACCGUUAUCAGGUGAUGAACAACUAAUAAAUUAUGAAGAUUUUAAGAAAGUUGGUAAAUUAGCAGGUGCGAAAUGCAGUCCUUAUUUUACUGCAGUUGUAUUUGCUAAAUUGCAACAAGGUGAUCCUCAUGGUAGAAUUAGUAUAAUGGCAUUAUUUAAUUAUGUUAUGAGAAAAGUAUGGUUACAUCAAACAAGAAUUGGUCUUUCCUUAUAUGAUGUUACUGGUCAAGGAUAUCUAAGAGAAUCUGAUUUAGAAAACUAUAUAUUAGAAUUGAUACCAACUCUACCUCAGCUGGAAGGAUUAGAGAAAUCUUUUCAUUCAUUUUAUGUUUGUACAGCAGUGAGAAAAUUUUUAUUUUUUCUUGAUCCCCUCAGAACUGGUAGAGUUAGAAUACAAGAUAUUUUGGCGUGUAGUUUUCUUGAUGACCUCCUAGAAUUAAGGGACGAGGAUUUACCUAAAGAUUUACAAGAAGCUAAUUGGUUUUCGGCCCCAUCUGCACUUAAAGUUUAUGGGCAGUAUUUAAAUCUUGAUAGAGAUCAUAAUGGAAUGCUCAAUAAAGAAGAACUUGCUGGAUAUGGUACAGGAACAUUAACUGGUGUGUUUCUUGAAAGAGUAUUUCAAGAAUGUUUAACAUAUGAGGGCGAAAUGGAUUACAAGACAUACUUAGAUUUUGUUUUAGCAUUGGAAAAUCGACAUGAACCACAAAGCUUACACUAUUUAUUUCGAAUUCUAGAUAUUAAUAAUCGUGGUUAUCUUGAUACAUUUUGCCUUAAUUAUUUUUUUCGUGCUAUACAAGAACAAAUGACAAUGCAUGGUCAAGAACCAGUAAGUUUUGAAGAUGUUAAAGAUGAAAUAUUUGAUAUGGUAAAACCAGCAGAUCCUUGCAAAAUAACAUUGCAAGACUUGCUAUCUUGUGGGCAAGGCGAUACAAUGGUCAGUAUUUUAAUAGAAUUCCAUGGCUUUUGGGCUUAUGAAAAUCGUGAAGCUAUGGCAGCUGAUACUGGUGAUGAGAAAUCUGUAUCUAAAAAUACAAUUAAUGAUCCAGAAAAGCAAGUAAAUAAAGAAAAUGGAGAGAUUGGAUUAUGUAAUGUAAAAUCGAAGUUACAAAGGCUUGGCAAACUAUAUUCUGAUGACAGUAGUCGGGAAUUAAGUUCGCCCAUUCACAGGACAGAGGAAAGGUUUAAUGCGGAAGAAGAGGCUACUGAACAAAAGCCAUCAAAAAGAGGUGCUAGACUUGAUAGAUUAGCAGCUCUUGCUUCUACAAUUAACAAUUGGGAAGAUGAUCUUUCUCAUCCAACUUUGGUGAAACCAGUAGACAGCAAAGCAGAUAGAAUACAAGCAAAAUUUAAUGAACAAGUUAAACAUGCGCCUGAACCACAGCCAAGUACAAGUGGAUAUAAAACUGGAACUAGAAAUAGCAAAGGCGCUAGCAUUAAGAAAGAUGAACCAUAUUCGAUAAAGCAAUUGAAAUGGGAUAAAACUGUAUUAGAAUCACUGGGAAAGGAUGCAGGUUCUACGAGUUCAGCAUCUAAACAACUUCGGCAGAUUCGAGAAGAUACUACACACCAGGAAGAAAAAAAUGAACGAAAAACUAAAGAAAAUUUAUUUAAAAAUUCCAAUACCCCAGAGAAGAAUGUAAUACCCAGCACAAGUAGUUCUCGACCUUCACCAAGAUUUGGUUUCAAUAACUCUCCAAAAAGUCCAGCUCAGUCAAGCUCAGGCUCUGUAUUGAGUAAAGCUUCUCUGUUUGAAUCUAAAAAUGUAGAAGGGAAAGCAAAGGAUCCAGCUCAAAUGUCACUUUCCGAGAGAAUGGCUCUUUUUGAGAAAAACAAAGGAGAAGCACCUUUAUUACCAAAAGCACCUCUUACUAUGUCCGUGCCACCGAAGAAAUUGCAAGAGAAAGAGAAAGCUAAUUCAACAUCAGGACAUUCGACUAAUGAAGAUUUCGGUGCAACAAAGGCAAAAACUGAUAUUCCUAGUAACGCUGUUAAUGCUCAACGAGAAAAAUUUGAACAAGGUUUAAGCACUCAAGAAUUGGAAAAUAAUAUUUUACGUAACGCUCAUUUAGAGAGACAGCGUGAAUUGGAUAUGUUACGUACACGUUUUAAUAGAAAUAAAGAAAUGGCUCAAGCUGCUGCUGGCUCUUGUAUUAGAACCAGUGAAAGUAGUGAAGGAAAAUCGAAUUCUCCUAAAAAUUCUCCAGUUUGUCCAGUUAAGCCAACACCUGCACCUGAUUCUGGUAUUCCUCCACCACCACCUCCUCCUCCACAACUACGUGGUUCUGACUCAAAAUUUAUUCAAAAUCAAAACAAAAAUUCACCAGUUAAAAGACAAGUUGUAGGCAGUCCACCAAAAACGCAACAAGUAAAAGUAGUGUCUGAAAUUAAACGUAUUCGUGUUGCUCCGCCUAAACCUGGACAUCUUUAUCCUAAUCUCUCUGAUAUUGAAAAUACAACUGAAACAGAAACAGAUACAGAAUAUACCGUUAAUAGCACAGAAGCAGAAACUGCUACUCUAGAUGAAAAAACAGAUACUGAGACUGCAACAGAAGCCGAAUAUUAUGUACAAGAUGAUGAAACUGAGGUCGACAGUCAAGAGGAAUGUGAAGAAGUAAAUACUAGUCUUGGUAGAAGUAUAUUACGAGCAGUGAAUGAACAAGCAUUUUUAAACAAAAAGAGAUCAAUUGAUCCAGAUCCAGAUAGUACAACUUCUGAUAUUUCAGUACUGGAUGAAAUGGAUGAAUAUUUAGACGAAUGUCUUGCGCUACAAGAAGUGCAUGGUAUAAAUGGCAAUACAGAAGAGGGACCAACUCCACCCAAGGUAAACAGAGGUGGUAAAAAUUCCCCAAAUGUAUCAACGAGUUUUAAAUAUUCCCAAGGAUCACCGUAUUAUCGGUCACCUGUAAAAAAGGUUACAUCGAUGUCUCCUAAAAAGAGUGAAACUUAUGUCAUAGAUGGUGACAAUUGUAUGCCAUUAAUGCAUAGUGUUAGUUUUUAUCGGCGACAACAAUCACAAACACCUAAAACGCCAGUGCGUAUAAUAUCGAGAACACAAGAAUCUCCAGAAAUUGUGUCCAAUAUAGGACAAAUAGAUAGUAAGAACGAAGCUAUUUUAGUACAAGAAAAAGUGAAACGAUUGUUAGACGAAGUCUGCAAACAACAGACAAUUAUUGGUCAAGCAAGUCAAGCAUUGAACUUGUGUACUUCUACCGUUGAAUUCAAUGAUUCUAGGGAACAAGUUGAAGGAGAAAGAUUAUUAUUAGUUGCAACUCACAGACGACAAGCUGCUUUAAACGAAGUUCAACGUUUAAAAGUAGAGGGCACAUUAAAACCUGUAACCCCUGGAUCUCCAGAAGUGCAAGAAAGUGGUUCUUUAACCGUUUCUGCAAUUACUUUACCUCUUAAGCGAGAGUAUUUUCGAAAUAACGGCACAAAUACGUGCCUCCAUUUUGUUUGCUUGAUGCGACAUUUGGAGGAAAUAGUUGCUACUCCAGUGAUCAUUGCAGAGCCUGGCGACUCGUGCCUUCGAUUUCCAUCAACACUUAAAUUACAUGAUUUGUACAAUGAUUUUAAAAUUACCGUCGAAAUAUAUUCACUUCAGACACAGCCUGAAAUUUUACCACAUGAAAUUAAAUACCAUAUUAAUCAUGGUAAUGGAAAUAAUAGUAAUAACAACUGCAGUAAAAAGUUGGUAAAUAAAACUCCUAAAAAGUUCUUAAAACAAGAAAGCCGAUUAAUAAUGCCAACGGUUCAAAGUCCGGCUGGUCCAUCUGCUGUUAGAUCUCCUGCAUUCCAAUUGUCUGGCUACGUCAUCUUUAGUUUAAAGGAAAUACACCGACAACAAUUUACAUUAAAUAAGGUACCAUCACAGUCUCCAUUAGAAGGACGAUUACAAAUGCAUGUUUCGUGCGAGCUGUCAGUGUCAGUGGAACAUAGAGGAUUUCUUACAAUGUUUGAAGAUAUUUCUGGAUUUGGAGCUUGGCAUCGCAGAUGGUGUUUACUUAAAGGAUCAACACUAUCGUAUUGGAAAUAUCCUGACGAUGAAAGAAAGAAGACUCCCAUUGGUAGCAUAGAUUUGCAAGGUAUUUCCACGACUAAUGUCGGAUUAGUUUCUCGAGAUAUAUGUGCACGUCCUAAUACUUUCUUACUCGAAACAACUAGAAGUGCAGAACCUAGUGACACUGAGAGCUUGAUCAUGAUUAGAAAUGGACAUACAACAAUAAUAAGGCAUUUGCUAUCAGCAGAUACAAAAGAAGAUAGAUUAGAAUGGUGUUCAAAGCUUAACAAAACGUUAAGUUUAAUACACGCUUGGGGUGGAGUGUCAGCAUUAUCGUAAUUUAAUUUGUAUGUAGAAACGUCAAAUAUAGCGUACUUAGAUACGCUUACGUAUUAAUAUAUGUACUUACAGAUUUGUUAUACGCAAUGUAAAGUUGUGUAUACUAAAUAAUGCUACAGAAAUUUAAUUCGUUAUGACUCAUCUAAUAUGAAAAUGUAAAUAUGAAAUGCCAUAAAUUGUGGAAGAUAGAUUUUAUUGCAAAAUAGAAUAUCAUUAAUGAUUAAAAAGUAUAAAAGGAUAAGUCACUUCUUCUCUUGAAAAUGGAAAAAUAACAAGUAUAAUUUGACUUCUAAUUUUAGUUUUCACCACAUUUAAUAAUUUUUAGAGAGAUACAUUUAUUUCUAGUACGAAAAAAUAAUUCAAUAGAAAUUCAGAAAUUUUACUUUUCUAUGACUUUCUCUUAUAAACAGUUAAUAACAAAAAUACUAAAAGCAUUUCAAAAAACAUCUAUUUUGUUAUGUCUGUCAUGUUUAAUUCCUUAUGUAAACAUUAACAUUGCAAUGAAUAGAAUUGUACUCUUUAGACAAAAAUGAUUAAUUCUAAAUGCAAAAAAUCUCAAUUGUUGAGAAAAAUGAAUUACUAAAACUAUAUGAUUAAAAAAAUGUAUGCAUUAUGUCAAUGCACUAUAAUGAAUUUUUAUAAUUACGACAUUAACUUAACUAUGCUUAUCUGUGGUCCUUUUUACAAGGUAUCCUUUAUAAGGUUUUUAUAAGAUAUAAUUUGUGCCUUUUAGUGUGUAUUAUAAAAGGCUAUAUUGUAAAUAGUAAAUCAAUUACUAACAAAUACAUUGAUUAAUAUACAGGAUAUCUCAUUUUAAUUUAUAAAUACAAUUAUCUUCAAAACUAUUCGUUACUUGAAAAAUGUUUCAGAUGCAACUUUUUCUAUUUUGUUAGGGUACUAAUUUGAUACACUUAGUUUGUCUCCAAGUGGGCAUGUGUAGGAGUUGCAAAGAUCACUACUACUUUUUUCAAGUAUAAUUAUGUAAUUUUUUCGUAUCAAUCGAUAUAAUAAGUUAUUCCCUUAAAAAAGUGUUAAGUUAACUAUUAAAAACCCAUCAAAACAUAAACAAAAUACAUUUGAGACAUUUUUUAAAUAACGAAUAGCUUUGGAAAUAAUCAUAUUUACAGAUUAAAAUAGGACACCUUGCAUAUAUAAACAUACAUACACAUACAUAAAUAUCUGUUUUAUAUAUAUUUGUUAUUAGAGGUAGUAUUAUAGUAUAAUUUCGAAAUUUUGUGCUCACAAAAUGUUUAUAUUUUCUACUUUUGUAUAUUAACAUAUUGUUUUACACUUGAAGUGUAAAAUCUUAAUAAUAAAAUAUCAGCAAAUUAAA